AUGUCAUCCACCUCGAAAGGCAACGGCAGCGACAGCCAUGCCAGCCACAAGAAACGUGUCAUCGUGGUCGGAGCUGGUGCUUCGGGCAUGUCGGCAUGCCAUGCCUUCGCACGCUCGCCUCACGAGUUCGACGUGACCCUUUAUGACAAGCAGUGCUCCCUCGGCGGCUCUGCCACCUCGUACCAGCUCCCCGACCCGGCCAAGUACAAGUCCCAGUACAUCAACGACGGCGUACAAGGCGCCUCCCCUGUCUUUUACAACACGUUCAAAGUAUUCGAGCAUGUGCUUGGCUUCAAAGCGCAAGAGGUGGGCAUGCAGAUCUCGUUCGGCAAGGGCAAGGAGUCGUUCUGGAGCAACGUCUUCCCUUCAGAACUCGUCGAGAAGUACGCCAAGGAUAUCAAAAAGUUUGGCACCACGCUCAAGACCAUCAAGCGCUUCGAGGUGCUGUUUGCCGUCAUCCCUGUGCACAGGAUGCUCAAGAUGUUUGGAUUCUCGGACGAGUUUGGCGAGCGCAUGGUGUACCCGCUUGUCGCGCUCUUUUUCGGUACGGGCAACGACACCAAGCACAUUUCGUCGGCGAUCCUGGAGCGUGUCUUUCUCGAUCCGAGCAUGCGACUCUUUGAGUUCUCCGAAGACAGCCUGCUCGCCAGUGUGCCCACCAUGAUGGCUUUCCCCGAACUUGCGCGCGUCUAUGCAGCUUGGGAGGACGAGGUGACCAAGAACGGCAACGUCCGCGUCGAGACCAGCCGCGAAGUCAUCGAGAUUCAGCGGAACACCAAAGAAGCCCGAAAGCGUGGAGGCAACAUCCUCAUCACUUCUCGUCGCGUCGACAAGGAUGGCAAGCCGCUCACCACGGGAGAUGAAGAGGAGCGCGUCGAGGUGUUUGACGAGCUCAUCCUCGCAUGCGACGCCGACACGUCACUCAAGAUCCUCUCGAAGAGCGCGACGUGGAAGGAGCGCAAGAUCCUCGGCUCGAUAGUGUAUCGCUGGGACAUCACCACCACGCACAACGACUACGACUACAUGUGCAAGCACUACCAGAUGACGUAUGACUCCCAGUACAACGCCAAGAAUCGCGACGAUAAGGAGACCAUGGAGUCGUUCGAAUUCGCCGAGAAGAACUGGAAGCCGCUCUACCUCAUCAAGAUGUACGAGGACGAUCCUUCGCUCAUCGAGAUGUCGUUCGACUUGACGAAUUACCAGCCGCAGUUCUCGGGUUCUGGGCCCACAGGUCCCCAGGAUAAGGGCGCACGCUCGCCCGCAUCUGCCCCGCCACGCGAGCGUCAAGGCCCCCGCGGCAAACAGGGCGAUAGCCAAGAAAAGGAACUCUCGCAACUGCCUUCGUCCAACCCCGAGGAUCUCAAGGAUCCACCGGUGGAAGACCACGUGUUCCAGACCAUCUUCCUCAACAAGGAGCUCUCGCAGAAGUGGACACGCGAUGAGAUCACAAAGGACAAAGUCAUCCUCGAAAAGUGGUGGAAGCAGCAAUCGCAUCGUUGGACGCACUAUGCCUAUGUGGUGCCCUGGCUAUGGCUCAUCAAUGGUGCUAACCACACCAACUACUGCGGAGGGUGGACGCUCGUCAACAUGCAAGAAGUAGCGAUUGUUUCAGGGUACGCUGCGGCGGUGGCGAUCGGGGCCAAGUAUCCGUUUGAAGAGGAUAAGGAGUGUGCGAGGUUGUUCCAUCUGUAUAAUGCGCUCGCGCAUUUGAGCUUCAAGAACGCCAAGAAGGCGCUCAUGGGUUAG